AUGACAUCAUCCACAUACAGCACCCCGUCCAAAGCCCCGCCCCCUGCCCCGCCCCCUCCCCCACCCCCUCCCCCCGGAGACGAGAAGACAGAGGAAGGAGAGGGACCGGAGGAGCAGGACCAGCCGAAGGAGCAGGUCCUCCUGCCGCUGCUGGGUGUCCCAGUCCAGCUACCCCCCCUUCCGGUCUGGAUCCGGGUCCUGCUGGACUACCGCUUCCCCUCCAGCAUCGACCCCUUCACUGACCUGAUCUACGUGGUCUGGCUGUUCCUGGUGGUGGCGGCCUGGAACUGGAACGUGUGGCUGAUCCCGGUCCGCUGGGCCUUCCCGUACCAGACCCCCGAGAACCUGCACCUGUGGCUGCUGGCCGACUACACCUGCGACCUGGUCUACAUCCUGGACAUCCUGGUCUUCCAGCCCCGCCUGCAGUUCGUCCGCGGAGGAGACAUCGUGUGCGACAAGAAGGACAUGAGAGAACAUUACAUGACCACCGAGAGGUUCAAGAUGGACGUCCUCAGCCUCGUCCCCCUGGACGUCCUCUACUACUUCACAGGAGUGAACUCUCUGCUCCGGUUUCCUCGUCUGCUGAAGUACAUAGUCUUCUUCGAGUUCAACGACCGUAUGGAGGCGGUGAUGAAGAAGGCCUACAUCUACAGGGUGAUCCGGACCUCCACCUACCUGCUCUACUCGCUGCACAUCAACGCCUGCCUGUUCUACUGGGGGUCGGACUACGAGGGUCUGGGUUCCACCAAGUGGGUCUACAACGGGAAGGGGAACGCGUACAUCCGCUGCUACUACUUUGCGGUGAAGACCCUGAUCACCAUCGGGGGGCUCCCGGACCCGACCACGGUCUUCGAGAUCUGCUUCCAGCUCAUCAACUACUUCGUCGGGGUUUUCGCCUUCUCCAUCAUGAUCGGACAGAUGCGGGACGUGGUCGGCGCGGCGACGGCGGGAGAGAACUACUACCGGGCCUGCAUGGACAGCACGGUCAAGUACAUGAACUCCUACAGCAUCCCCAGGGAGGUCCAGAACCGCAUCAAGACCUGGUACGACUACACCUGGAAGAGCCAGGGCAUGCUGGAUGAGCAGGAGUUGUUGGUUCAACUUCCGACCAAGAUGAGACUCGACAUCGCCGUCGACGUGAACUACUCCAUCGUCAGCAAGGUGGCUCUGUUCCAGGGCUGCGACAGACAGAUGGUGUUCGACAUGCUGACCAGGCUCAAGUCCGUGGUUUACCUGCCGGGAGACUUCGUCUGCAAGAAGGGGGAGAUUGGCAGGGAGAUGUACAUCAUCAAGCAGGGGGAGGUCCAGGUGGUCGGCGGUCCAGACCUGCAGACGGUGUUUGUCACCAUCAGAGCCGGAUCAGUGUUCGGAGAGAUCAGUCUGCUGGCGGGGGGCGGAGGAAACCGGCGCACCGCCAACGUCAAGGCUCACGGAUUCGCCAACCUGUUCAUCCUGGACAAGAAGGACCUGGCCGAGAUCCUGGUCCACUACCCCGAGUCCCAGAAGCUGCUCCGCAAGAAGGCCAAGACCAUGCUCACCAAAGACAAGAAACCGGACGAGAAGGCGGCGAAGGAGGCGGCGGCGGUGAUCCCCCCCCGGCCCGACACCCCCGAGAUGUUCCGGGCGGCGCUGCAGGUGACGGAGAAGGCCGGCAUGGAGGGCAGCUUCGCCAGGCUGAAGAAGGCCUACAGACCACCGGAGGGCGCUGCACAGGCUCCGCCCUCCAUCUCCCCGGUCCCGCCCCCCUCGCCUAUGCACCGCCGCUCGCCCGUCCCCCUCAGCCCCGCCCCGGAGGACGGACAGGACACGGUGUCGGAGACCGCUGACAGCUCCGUCCUCAUCAGGAUGACGCCGCGACACAAAGGGGAGGAGCUUCUGACCGUGGAGAUGGCGGUGGAGGGGGAGGGGCCAGAGGGGGAGGGGCCAGAGGGGGAGGGGAAGAAGGACUGA